AUGGCAGAGAUAGAUAAGUUGGAUAAGUUUGAAAUUGAUGAAUCUGGUAAACUUAAGAUAGUUAAAAAGUUACCUAAAGGUCAACAUUUUUUGAAAUUACAACAACAAGAUAAACAUUAUGCUAAAAGCAGUCAGAAUGUCAAAAUAAAAGAUGUUGGUAAUAAUGAAGCUCUUAUUGUGAUACAGUUUGGAAAACCUGAAAUAAUAGAAGAAAAGAAGAAAGUGGUCUUUUUACAUUCUACUCCAUUCUAUAAAUUUUUUCUUCCUAAUGCACCACUAAGUGACUACAAUUUUGAAAUAAAGGUUAUUAGUGAUGGCGGUGUUGAUGAACAAAUCAGGAUUAAAAACAAUAGUGAUAUAUUUAGUAUUGAUCCAGUCAAUAAUGAAAUUUUUCCAUUAAAAGAUAUUUCAAUACUAGAAAACUUUCAAACAGUUUUAACAGUAGAAGCUAUAAAUUUUGUUGAUGAAAAAUUAGACAUUUAUAUAUAUCAGCUCCACGAAGAGAAUUGUUUAAAUAUUUCUAUUUCAACAAACAUUUCAGUACUACUGAGUAAAUCUCAAAUAGAAAGAAACAUAACAGGAAUUUUACAGCAGCAAAAUAAUUACCAAGAAAUGUCUUUUCAUAUUUUAAAAUAUUACUUGAAAGAUUCAAAUAAUAAUAUGAAAAAUUAUGAAAUAAUUUCAACAAUACUACAUAAUAAAACUCUUCUAACUUACAAAGAAAUGAAAGAUAAAUUUACAGAUGUUCAACAACAAAUUCAAAAUAGUUUUGGAUCAUUUAAACUCACUUCCUUUUUAAAAGAAAUUAGAGACAAGGAUGAAAAUGGAAACCACUAUCAUUUUAUGAUGAUUAUAUUUGGGUCCCUGGCAGCAUUUUUACUUAUAAUUAUUAUAAUAUCCUUCAUUUUCUCUAGACUCAAAAACAUAACAGGAAUUUUACAGCAGCAAAAUAAUUACCAAGAAAUGUCUUUUCAUAUUUUAAAAUAUUACUUGAAAGAUUCAAAUAAUAAUAUGAAAAAUUAUGAAAUAAUUUCAACAAUACUACAUAAUAAAACUCUUCUAACUUACAAAGAAAUGAAAGAUAAAUUUACAGAUGUUCAACAACAAAUUCAAAAUAGUUUUGGAUCAUUUAAACUCACUUCCUUUUUAAAAGAAAUUAGAGACAAGGAUGAAAAUGGAAACCACUAUCAUUUUAUGAUGAUUAUAUUUGGGUCCCUGGCAGCAUUUUUACUUAUAAUUAUUAUAAUAUCCUUCAUUUUCUCUAGACUCAAGUAA